GGCGGCGGUAACGCGGGCCGCAGUGUCGCAGGGAUCCCGCCGAGCUGUGGUCGCCUCCGCCACCAUGGGGCAGAUCGAGUGGGCCAUGUGGGCCAACGAGCAGGCACUGGCCUCCGGCCUGAUCCUCAUCAUGGGGGGCAUCGUGGCCACUGCCGGCCAGUUCACCAAGUGGUACUUUGGCGUGUACUCCAUUGGUGCAGGUGUGUUCGUCUGCCUGCUGGAGUACCCCCGGGGGAAGAGAAGAAAGGGAUCCACCAUGGAGAGAUGUGGACAGAAGUAUAUGACCAAAGUGCUGAAGGUGUUCGGGCCUCUCACCAGGAACUACUACAUCCGGGCCUUCCUGCACCUUGGGCUGUCAGUACCUGCUGGCUUCCUGCUUGCCACCAUCCUGGGGACAGCCUGCCUGGCCAUCGCGAGCAGCAUCUAUCUGCUGCUGCCCCAUUGGGCCUGCCCGGAGCUGGGACACAUGCAAAGGCCCUGCGGUAAGGAUGCACGUCACCCGGUCUUCACAGAAAGGCCGGCGGACUUGGGGAAGGAUGGCAUGGGCGGAAGUCUCGGGCACAGGUUUUGGGCCAGAUGCUCAUGCUUCUCUUGCGCUGCAUGUUCAUCCUUCCAUUUGUGCGUGUUCUUAAAGGGGCGGCAUGUUGUCUGUGCUCCGAAUGCCCACGGUCCCAGCCGUUUCACUCCUUGGUGACCCGCCUGCCGGUCCCCCAGCGGGAGCCCUUCCUGUCUGUUUGCGGCUUCCUGCGUGUGGUCACGCGGUGCCGGGGGGCGGGGGGCGUCACCUGCAUCCAGCCCCUGCACCCUCCGACCAUCCACCCCCCACCUAAGGCUGGCUGGGCUGCUGGGUCCUACUUGCUUCCCUCCGCUGCGUGUCUGAGCUUUCUCUUAGAACUGCCCAUCUUUCGAGGGGGCUUUUGUCUUUUCCUUAUUAACUUGCAGGAAUCUCGUGAAUGUUCUGUGAGUGAAUUUCAGACCCUGAAUAGUUUCUCCGCCUCAGUGAGGGGUCUGUCACCUUUGUGUGUGAAAUCCUUCCCUGGGCGGAACAGAAGUUUGUCUGUUUGCCCUCUGGUUUGUGCCUUUUACAGAUGCCCUUUUCUGCCCGUAAGCCGUGUCUUUCUGCACUCUCUCGGAUCCACUGUAUAGUUUUCCUCUUCAGGGUAGAUAUAGUACUAUUUAAGUUAGGAGGUGGGACCACGGAUGUUCAUUUUAUUCCUCUGCUUCAUAAGUGACAUGUCACACUUUUUUACCAAGGAUUGUGGGGUACAGAUGAAAAGAACACGUUCCCAAGCCCUCCCAGCCCGCCGAGGGCUCUGCGUCCAGCGAGACCCCAUUCUCUUCCCCAGCCUGCUGUGGCUGGUGCCCCCACGGAGGCCCCCUGCCCUCCCUGGCUGCCCCCAUGGGCCACUCCCACCCUGUGGUCUCAUGUCCUGUCCCGACCUUAGUCCCUGCGGGGGGGUGGGGGGUGGGGGGAGGCCUGGUCUUGGAGCAUGCACCUGAAGGGCCUCCAGGUUGCCCUCCCCCCACUGUGGGGUCCUGCCUGGAGAGUGAAGCAGCUGGGUCUGGGGUCCUGGCUGUCCCUCCGGAAUUAGUGGGUUCAGACGUGGGUCCUGCCUGGUUCCCAGGGGCUGGGGGGAGAGGGUGCGGGGGUGGAGUUGGCCUCUGGGAGGCCCGAUCCAUCCAGCCCCUCCAUAUC